GAUCCGCUACCAGCAGAACCAUGGUUCGGUAAUAGAGACGCCUCGAAGUUCGGAAACGUCUCUGUUCAAAUGAAUCUUCUUACACGCGAAUUUGAGGGCGAUGAAGAUUGUCUCUAUUUAAAUGUGUACACUACGAAAAUCGAACCUUCGAAGAAGCGUGCGGUAAUGGUGUGGAUACACGGCGGUGCUUUCUAUUUGGGUUCCGGUGAUGCAUUCUUUUACGGUCCUGAUUACAUCAUACCGAAAGACGUAGUUUUGGUUACCUUGAAUUAUAGACUAGGUGUUCUAGGUUUCCUAAAUCUGUACGACAAAGUGGCAACUGGUAAUCAAGGGAUGAAAGAUGUGGUCAUGGCGUUACGAUGGGUCCAGAAAAAUAUAUCACAGUUCGGAGGAGACCCAGAAAAUGUUACUAUUUUCGGUGAAAGUGCUGGUGGAGCCAUCGUACAUUGUCUAACUCUAUCUCCGUUAGCGACAGGUUUAUUUCAUAAAGCAAUAGCACAAAGUGGAGUCGUAAGAUGUCCUUGGGCCUUUACUGAAAGAGAACCACAUUCAAUGAACAAAGGAUUUCGGCUCGCGGAGAAACUCGGAAAAGCGACCGCAGAUCCAAAAAUCGCUUACGAGUUUCUUAAAACAAUCGAUGCCAAAAAGCUCAGAGAGACGGAACAGAAACAUCUCCUGACAGAAGCAGAACGUCAAGCGUACAGCUUGAUAUUUACACCCACGGUGGAUCACGAAUCAUCGAAUCCAUUUUUCCCGGAAAAUCCAAAAACAUUCAUGAGUCGCGGGGCUAAAGUACCAUUAAUUUUGGGUUUUACCAGUCGCGAGGGAUCUACCAUUGUAUGCGGUAACUUUCACGGGCACAUAACUAAAGAGCAGCUUAAAAAAGUUGAUUCCGAUUUCAAGAGCAUCAUAUUACCUAGAACAUUAUCUACACUGCCAAUUACAGUCGAAGAAUUGCGCUCUUUGUAUUUUGGUGACAAAGCAGUGUCAGAGGAAACACUAAUAAAUUGUGUUGAUUUUAUUAGCGAUGAAUAUUUCACUCGUGGUAUAAUGGAAGUAGUGGAUAUUCAGACAAAGUUGAAAAAUGAUAAGAAAGCAACAUAUCUGUAUCAAUAUUCGUAUGAAAGCGAAACGUCUCCGUUGAGAAAAAUAUUAGAUAUUCACAUUCCAGGUGUGUCUCAUGGCGAGGAAUUGGCAUACUUGUUUUAUUUUAAUGUGAUGAAAGAUCUCGGUAUGCCACCACCUGCAGUUGAUUCGGAAGACUAUAAAAUAAUAAACUGCUUAACGCAAAUGUGGACGGAUUUUGCUAAAACAGGAAAUCCAACGCCUGUUACAAAUAUGUGGUUACCGGUGACUGAUUCACUACGCGGAAAGUACAAUUAUCUAAAUAUCGAUAAAAACUCGCAAAUGAACGUCUUCCAUAAAGGAAAAGAAAGAUGGGACUGGGAAGAGAAGAAAAAUAAGUUACGGCGCUAAAACUUUAGCAGACGGGGUUUCUCGAUGUCUAUUUCAUAACUAUAAUAAAUGUUUUUCAAAGACAUAUUUUUAAAUUAACGGAAUAUGGGCACUGUUAUUAUUUAUCUUAAGAUUAGUUUUAAUUAGCCGAAAUAUGGGUAUUAUUAAGAUUUUCGAACUAUGAUUUAUUGGGAGCAAAAAGCUCUUUGCGAAUUCAGCUUAAGAAGUACUAAUAAAUCAUACAACAAAUUUGUCGAUGAAUAUCAAGUAACUUUAACUGAAUACAGAUUAAGAAUUCGUCGCUAAAAUUAACUAACUGAAUACAGUAAUGCAAAUAAAAUUAGAAAAUAUAAUAAAAUAUUGUUAUAUAUUUACAAUGUUAAUUGUAUUAAACCUUGGGUGUUUUUCUUUCAUUAAUAUAGUAUACGUAUUGCAUCCAAAA